AUGCAGUGGAAGAAGAUCAAGUCGCUGGAUGGGACGUCGGGGGUUUACACGGGGACGGUGCUCAGCGUGGUGGCGCUGUCGCUGGUUAUCCUCUUCAGGGAGCGAGGCUUUUUUCAGGGACGAGAGGACACCAAUUUUUUCAGCGACCCAUUGGACAUCUCACCUGUCUGGAACAGGGUGCUCGGCUCACUCUUCCUCCUGCUCUUUGCCAUCCUCUCAGGCCUGCUGGCCUUCUUUCUGCUUGUCCCCAAUCUCUGCACCUUCCACAGAGGACAUCGGUACAAGAAAUACAGAUGGGAGCUCUACUCAUUCGCUGCCCUCAUUUUUGCGGACUUGCUGGCCUUUUUCUUGAUCGCCUCUGCAAGGAAUUCAUUCGAGUACCGAAGGGACAAAGGAGAUUUCGAGAGCCCUGUCGCGCACUACUUCAUACUGGUGGUCUUUGGCAUCGUCUUCGUACAACUCAACCUGCUGUUUUUGCGGAUAAUCAUCUACAAUGAGGCCAAGGACGACACGAGCCCCUGGGUGAUGCUGAAAGAAAGGCUGGAUGAGGCUGUGCUCUUGAUUAAGGAGGAGGAAACGCAAAUGGCACAAAGGAAGAGGCGUGUGAGCUGCUUUGACUUCAUAGCAGAGAAGGUCGCCAAGGGAUUGUACUCGCUGGCAAAAGUUGGCAGAGGUGGAAAGCAAAAAGCCACUGGUGUAGUCCAAGGCACCAUCAAGAGGGCCGACGCUGGGAUCUCCGCUGGAAUCGUUGCGUGGGCGGGCUGCAUGAGCUGGAUUGGGCCAUCCUGGGAUGGGUUUAGCAAGAAUGUGCGUGGCAGCCAGCGGGGCAGCUUCAUGUGGAUGUUGACACCCAUGGUAAAGGCAGGGGACAAAAUUGCGCAAGGUGUCAGGAAGUUUCGCCCAGAGAUGGAGGAUUUUGUGCGGCGGUCCUGGGAGGCUAUAAAGGAGGAUGAGGGCUACAAGCACCCUGCAUGGAUCAAGGGUGCUGUGCUGACUGCAGCGGUCUUGACAGUAUACUUUGGCCUGGUGAUUAACGCCCUGCUGCUUGGGGCCAUCAAUGACAUCUACUUCCCCCUCAGGACGUGCAUACUGGAGUACCCGCUGCUCACCAAUUUCUUCCUGAGGCUGAUAAACUUCCGGGAAGGCACGAAUGUGGCAAGUUCGCCAUUCCUUGAUGGCAGCCUGUCAGCACCGGAUGGCAGCCCCAACGCCACGGCCCUGCAGGAAGCGGUGAAUAAAUAUGCCAAUGACCUGUUGGACAGGCUGAAUGGAGCCCUGGAGGAAGACCGGCUCUAUAAUUGCUCGAGCGGGGAGCGGGGCGAUGCUAGCGUGCUGCUGGCUGCGAUCAACUUUGUGGAGGCGGACCUCGAGCGCCAGGAGAAGGCUGCCAACGUCGACAUCCCUGAGGACGUGUUCUUUGACGAGACCCCAGGUGGUGUGACGAUCGUCUUCGACAGCCUGAUGGACAAUUUCCGAUGGAGUGUGUGGUUUGGCUACGCGUGUGGCCUGAUGGUCAGCCUUUACACUCUCCUGUCCGUGCUUCGGCAGUACAAAAAGAUCAGUCUGGCGAUCCGCAGCGGGCUGUUCACAGACCUGCAGCUGCCGCAGGACAUGGUGAUCGUGGACAGGGGGGUGGCGAGGAGGCACCUCAAGAGAGUGGAGGCCGUCGUUCGCACAAAUCUCAAGAACAGGAGCUGGGAAUCGGUGAUCAAGAGGUAUCCCAUCAGCAACGCCUCGUUCUUCUUCGGGAUCCUUGUCAGCACAGCAGUGCUGCAGCUGCUGGUGUUCGGUUGGAUUCUGGCAACGAUCUUUGCCCUCCUGGCCAGCCUCCCAGAGCUGAUUGACAUCCUGAGGCCAGUGUUCCCGGUGGUGGUGGCGCUGCUUGUGAUGUGGUUCCUCAACGAGGUGAUCGCCAACAAGUUUGUUGCGGAACACAUGCUGGUGCAGAACUACAACGUGCUGCACGAGCUGUACUUUGUGCUGUUCCUGCUGAUCUACACCGGGGUGUACACCGUGCUGGGUAUCCUGUACGCUGUGUGGCGAAUGCGGCGAUAA